GGUCCUUCCUCGGAGCCGCGCCGGGAUUGGUCGCCGGGCUGCGUGUGCGCAGGCUUCGCAGGCUGUCCGUUUGAAUGUGCUGGGGACUGGAGAGGGGGGGAUCAUUUCCAUGGACCAUCUGUCUCGCUGGCUGCGCGCACAACAAAGAAGAAGAAGGACCCAGGAUGGUUUUAGUACAUGUUGGAUAUCUGGUUCUCCCCGUCUUCGGCUCAGUUAGAAAUAGAGGAGCUCACUUCACCAGGCAUCAGCACAGCCAUGCUACCUCCUGCCGACACUUUCACCUGGGCGCUCCCCAGGCGCCCAUCUCGGCCGAGUUCCCUCUAGGACCCGCCAGCCAGCCCGCGCAGACAGGCCUGGCCCCCCACAUGCCCCCCGCACACCACCCGCCCCUAACCGCCCUGCCUGCACCCCCCCAGUUCCAGGACGUGCCGGGGCCUUCAUUCCUACCUCAGGCCUUACACCAGCAAUACCUCAUCCAGCAGCAGCUCCUUGAAGCGCAGCAUCGCAGGAUUCUGCCGCACUCCAGAAGAACUCAGGAGCGUAUUCCCCUGAACCCUCACCGACUGCGUUCAGGCUACGAGUACUCUCCCCCCCUCCACGUCCCCCAGCCAAUGACACAGCAGCCUCGGUACCUGGCCGAAGGCACCGACUGGGAUCUCAGCGUAGACGCCGGCCUCCCUCACCACCAGUACCAGCUGCAGCAGCUCCCCCAGCACUAUCAGCAUUACCUGGCCUCCCCUCGAAUGCACCACUUCCCCAGGAACACGUCCUCUACACAAGUGGUUGUGCAUGAAAUCAGAAACUACCCAUACCCCCAGUUGCAUCUGUUGGCACUGCAAAGCCUGAACCCUUCGAGGCACGCCACCGCUGUGCGAGAAAGUUACGAGGAGCUGUUGCAGCUGGAGGACCGGCUGGGGAGCGUCAGCAGAGGAGCCGUCCAGACAACCAUAGAGAGAUUCACCUUUCCACACAAAUACAAGAAGAGGAAGCCCCUGCAGCUGAAGAUUGGGGAGGAGGAGGAAACAGAUGUGGACGAGAAGUGCACCAUCUGUUUGUCCAUGCUGGAGGAUGGAGAGGACGUCAGGAGAUUGCCCUGCAUGCAUCUCUUCCACCAGGGCUGCGUGGACCAAUGGCUGGCCACCAGCAGGAAGUGUCCAAUCUGUCGAGUUGACAUCGAAACACAGCUGAACCCUGACAGCUGAUGAGAUUCGAGCCGUCGUGAUUCAAUCACCCUCCUGCUUUCUUCCACCCCGGCUCGCCGGCCCUCCCCCCACCACCACCACCACCACGUUGGGUGCUUUGCCAAAUGUCUCCGGACUUCAUGUGACGUCACCACCGCCCUUCUGACUCACGCUUUUCUGAGCCAAGCCAGGACAACUAACUGCACGAGAGGCUGCGAAAAAAGGACUCUCUUUCUUAUAGAAGCACAUCCCUCUGGAAGCAAAAGACACGCAGACACAUAGUCAUGUACACAGGGUUUACUCGUAGCUUGCUGGUCAUAAGUGGGGUGUUGUUGCUGUUGUGGUGUUGUACUGUAGGUAGCCCCGGGCUGUGUAGCAUGUCCUCAAAGCCAUGACUUAAUGUCCUGAGAGCGGAAAAAACGCAUAACCCCACACUGAGCUGGCUACUCUUCUGCCCUUUCUCUCUUUCUAUAUACAUACAUAUACAUAUAUAUAUAUAUAUAUAAAUAUAUAUAUUUCUCUCUUUUCAAACACAUGUCAAUCAAGAUGAAUAUUCUGCCACACAGGAGAAAGCGUUAACAGAAACUAAAUGCUCUGAUGCCAUGUUUACCUAAAGAUCAUUUGUGGUCGUAGUAGAGUAGCAGUAACCAACAAGUGAUAUGUGAUGCGGCGCCUUCGCCUCCUCGGGGCCCCGAGCACCAGGCUAGCUGAGUGUUUUAAUUCUAUCAUGCAGCUUUGACAUUUUCGCAAUACAAGUUUGUACAUUUACCUUGGGUUGGUGUCAAGUGAGAUGGUGUCGUGUGAGUAGGCGUCGUUCACUGCCGCGGAAACCCCAGUGACUGAGCUGUUCUGUGUUUAAAAUUUAGGUAGAAAGUGUAUUUUCUUUUUUUUUUUUUUACCAAAAUGUUCACGGUGUAGCUUGAAUCAGCACAUAGGUUUUAUGUGUGUGUGUGUGUGUGUCUGUGCGUGUGUGACUUAAAGAAUGUGUCUAACAAAUGCGCGGAUGUCGAACAUGCAAAUGCGUUUCGAGGCCUAGACUUUUAAUUCACUGUAGGUUAAUAGCAUGGCCACUGGAGUGCUUGUACAAACAACACAAAGCCAAAAAGAGAAAGGGGUGGGAAAAAAAAUAAAAAAAAGAGGAAACUAUCAUGCACUGCACAGCGAGGAGGGAGGAUUUAGCUGCCCCUUGUUCUUGCAUUUUUAUCUGGCUUAGGGCCAGUGGAGGAACAGUGCGUACUAACUAAAAAAAAAAAAGAAAAAUGCAUGUUUCAUUGUGGACUUGGGCUGUUAGCUUUGGUAGCGUUACUUCAAUUUACAAAGGUACAGAGACGCCUGUGCAUGACUUAGUUAAUCUGAGCUGUGACUAUCUUCUCAACACUAACGAAACAAAAAAAAAAAAGUCGGUCAGCGGCUGCUUCCCUGACUCGUAGCGCGUGUUCAUCCCGUCCCCCUUCGGUGGCAACGAUGGGAUCCUCCUUUUGAUGUUUACCUUAAUGCCUAAAGAACAAGCACAUGUGAUAGUUAUAGCAACAAAUGUUUUUUUUUUAUUAUUCUUAUUAUUUUUUUCCCUCGCACCUGGUUUAUAUUUAGGUAUAGAUUCAUGCAGUGUUUCAGCAGGGGAGAGGAGCUGCUUGCGUAUUGAUCUCGUGUAUUCGUGUGACAGACCUCCCCUCCGUGGUUGCUAUGCUGGUUGCUAUGCUGUAUUGCUAGAACAUGUUAGGACGUGGUGCGACGGAGGCAGCCUCCCUCUCACAGUGCACACAGACGCGAGGCGACACAACAGACAGCAGGAAAACAUUCAGGCUGUUAAAACACUCACUACCGCCACCAGUUCCUUGUAUCUUUUUCUUCUUUUUUCUUUUACCCUUUGUGUCGGCUUUGUCACUCCAGUUCCACGGAGCUGUGUGAUAAAGGAAGCCUUUAGGACCCUCACUGUCCUACGCACUGUGAUAGCAAAGGAUAAGACUUUUGCUCCCCCCCGGGAGACUCUCGGAGCCUCGUGGGCCGAGGAUCGAGGAUGACUUCUCCAUUUGUCGUGUGCACUGCCAGUGUUGACACUGCCUCCUCCUGUAGUGGAGUCAUCUGUGAAGAAGUUUUCAUAGUUUACACAGGGUGUUGUCAGUUGAGAUGCCUUAAGUAUUUAACAAUCAUAAUUUAUUACUAACUGUAGAUAUUGUGGGUAUGUAUUUAAUUUUAUAUAGUUUUUUUUUUUUUUGAAGUGGGGGGGCGAAUCAUAAUUUAUUUAUUUAGAAAUAACACAAAAAAAAUGCUAUGAAAAAAAACUAUUACCUCAUUUUUGCAUUGUUUUAAAUGGGAAUGCUUUGCAUGCAGUUGUACCUUUUGGAACACUAAAAGUAAAAAAAAAAAAAAAAAAAAAUUAGCCCUGCUGUUUGGUCUCCACAAGCUGGCUGUGCGAUGUUUACUGUCCAAGGCUGAGCUACUGAGCCCGCUCCGUCUAUCUCUAUCUUUUUCUCUUGUCUCUAUCUCUCUCUCUCAUGUGGUGCUGUGGAUCUUGGUUACAUUCCAUUCAAUGCAAUUUCUCCCCCCUUCCUUCCCCCCGACUCCCCACGCUGUGAUGUAGUGGACAAACUGCAAUGAAGUGGUUUUUAGUUUGUGACUUUUGUUUUUGUUUUUUCGUUUUGCACUCACUCGUUUAAAAAUGGGAACCCUCUCACUGGCAAAAAAAAAAAAAAAAAAAAAAAUUUAAACUGACAACUGGCUUUUAUUUUUUACGCUCUCACAAUGCACUAUGGGUCUUAACGAAGCAUGUUCCUUCCUUCGCUUUAACUCUUUGUAUCUUUCGGUUUCCAGCUCUCCGGUGUUUCUCUUCAGUUCUUUUUUCAAAGUAGUUUGUAGACAUAACAAGUGCCUCGCUUUAAGUGUUAGGAGAUAUUUCCAUAUUACUAAAAAAGAAAAAAAAAAAACAAAAAAAAAAACAUUAACAACAAUCGGUCCAUGAAGCCACCAUGCCUUAUGGGUUGCGUGAUUACUUAAAGGGAAAGGGACACGAAGGAGCCGAGACAACAUUUGACUGGUGUCUAUAAAAGCCAUUAUAAUCAAAAAUUCAAGUCAAACUGUCCAAAAACAGCUGCUGGUUUUGUAGUACCGAUACAUUGCAUAUUGUGGAAAUAGUUCCAACUAUAAAGAGGCAUGUCUUCACUGUGGGCUUUACCAGGACAGUUAAUAUCUCUUUUUGUGUUUCCGUUUCAUUUGUCCGUCUGUCCCCACCUCUCUGGACCUUUCCUUUCACAAAAGGAAAGCCUUUAAAGCACAACCUUUUCUUAAAAAAGAGGAAAAAAAAGAAAAGAAAAAAGAAAAAAAAUGCAUGUUUUCUCAGGUUUUCAAUAUAGUCUCAAUGGUUUAAUAGUAUAUGGUGAAAAUAUAUACAAAGAAUAUAAAACAAUAAAAUAUUAAUUUUGUUGCUGCUUGAAUCUGAAAAACAAAACUGAAGAGAAAAUAAUCCCAAAAAGUGCCAGUGAAAGGGCUGCCGCCAUCCUCGUACGAAAACCUGCUGUUUAGCUGUGACUGCGCAAUGUUUUUUCACUAUAGGAUAUUUUAUCUGAAGAUAGAACUAUUUAUCAUUAAUAUUAAAGCAAUAGCGCAUUAAUGGUGGUGAGUGUGUUUGACGACGAAAUGGAUGAGCAUAUUAUGGGUAAAUGUUAGAUUCACAUUUGGUGGGAUUUUGUACUUUAUUUAUUAUUACGACUAAUAAUAAUGAUCUCAAAAAGUUGCAUUGCUAAACCCAAACAGUUUUUUUUUCUUUUUUUUUUUGGUUUCUCUUUGUUUCUUUGUUUUUUUAAUUUGAUUUCAUGGCUUGUAUAUUAUCCUUUUAUAUGUGCUCUUUUUGUAAUAAACUGGGUAAAAUGCU